AUGAGCAGUUUGAAGCAAAGAACGAAAACAACAACCAAACCGGCUCCGGAAGUAGUUGAACAGGUCCCUGGGACACGCAAGCUUUUGUAUUACUAUAACUUGGAAGAAUGGCGUAAAGAUAAUCAUUACAUUCUUUCUGGAUAUGUGCCUCAGACCAAUUCGUUCAGAAAGUGUUUUGACUCGUUGUUUUACAUUCACAAUGAAACCGUGAAUAUUUGGUCACAUUUGAUCCCCUCCUUGAUUGUGCUUGCUGCUAUUUUCAUUUAUGUCAAUGACUACUUGGUAAUUUACCCCACUCAUCUUGGAUGGGAAAAGCUCAAUUUUCUUCAAUUUGGAAUUGCUGCCACAUGUUGUAUGGGCUUGUCGUCCAUCUUUCAUGGGUCCAAAAGCCAUUCACCACGCGUGAGUAAAUUUGGAAAUCAAUUGGACUAUUUUGGUAUCAUAAUCAUGAUAACGUGCUCGUUAAUCUCCAUCAUCUUGUUCGCCUUCUAUGAUGAGCCAGUAUACAAGUAUGGCUUUAUUUCCCUCUUUUUGGUCCUAGGAGGAAUUUGUUCCUUUCUUACCUUGGACUCGCAGUUUGCAACCCCAACUUACAGGCCAUUGAGGUCUGGGAUGUUCAUUUUGUUCGGCCUCUCCGGUGUUUUGCCAGUCGCAGCUGCAACUUACAUGUAUGGGUUAGAGACUGCGAUUGAACGUUCCAACGCUUGGUACUUGGUGGGUGAAGGUUUCUUCUACAUAUUCGGUGCUGCUAUGUAUGCGAUGAGAGUUCCUGAGCGGUUUACCCAUGUCGAAGUGGAUGAAGAAACCUACAAGAAGUCACCCACAGCUGGAAAAUUGGAUAUAAUUGGUAACUCUCAUCAAAUCUUGCACGUAGGUGUUGUUAUUGCAGCAUAUUGCCACUGGUGUGCCUUGUUGGGAUGCUAUCAUUACCUCCACCAAAAGACCUUAGCUUAG